UCGGGAUAGCCUCCGGAAGGGGCCAGAUUCGGCGUGACUGCGGACCCUGCUAGGGGUCGGUGAGGUCGAUGGAGACCCCGGGUUCUUCCUACCUCCCGGGACUCUCCCCAGUCUGCCCUCUCCUCCUAUAUGCGGGUGGAAGCGGUUGGAUCCCCGGGAGCCUACUCCGAGCGAGGCUAAAUUUACGGAAAGAUUUCCCACUAGCAGUUUGAGGGGUUGUGGUUAGAUCUUUAGAGGGACUUCCUGAGAUUUAACCAGAGACUCAGAACGGGAUGGGAGGAAUUUGGACCCUGGUUCGACUACGGCCACUUUUUGCUCCAGUUUCUAAACCUCUCAUCCCGUAACAGGGGCGCUCCAGGCAGCAGGAUGUGGUCCGGCCUUCUCCGUAGUCUCAACACGUCCCUGAGCUGUGGUCUGGCCCUGGCUCCCCGGCUCUGGGCCACCCGCCCCAUGGCCACCCUGAACCAGAUGCACCGCCGAGGACCUCCGAAGCGGCCGCCCCGGAAGCUGGGCCCCACAGAAGGCCGGCCGCAGCUGAAGGGUGUGGUUCUGCACACGUUCGUCCGCAAGCCCAAGAAGCCCAACUCGGCCAACCGCAAGUGCUGCCGGGUGCGGCUCAGCACCGGCCAGGAGGCCACCUGCUAUAUCCCUGGAGAGGGCCACACCCUGCAGGAGCACCAGAUUGUCCUUGUUCAGGGCGGCCACACCCAGGACCUGCCUGGUGUCAAGCUCACUGUCGUGCGCGGCAAAUACGACUGUGGCCAUGUACAGAAGAAGAAGUGACCGCCUGGACACUGGGGGACUGGGCAUCCCCGCAGAAAAAAACUUUCCUCUUCAGGCUCCAGCAGAGUCCUUGGGACACAAUUCCAGCGGCCAGUCCUGGAUUCAAAUACUGGCUCAGCUUCUCUAGUCAGGACCACCGUUAGCCCGUGGGGGGCCUGGGUGUAAAUGAGAAAAGGCACCUGUCUAUCAUGACUCUUCUUGGUUUCCACCAGUGGUGUUGGCCUGAGGUUCCCUUUCUGCUGGGACAGGACACUGUACUGCCAUCUGCUGGGAAGGGGUUGUAAUAAACACAGAGACCCCCACGGUGUGAAGUGAAUGGCAACCUCUAGCCCUCUGCUCCCUGUGGAGCUUGGCACUGAGAUCACUUCUCACAAUGCUCCCUUUGUUCAGUUGCUUGAAGAUUAAAUGAGACGAUCUGGCAUAGUCGUUAAGAGCUCGGCUGCUAACCAAACGGUCACCAGUUCAAAUCCACCAGCUGCUCCUUGGAAACCCUAUGGGGCAGUUCUACUCUGCCCUAUAGGGUCGCUAUGAGUCAGAAUUGAUUCCAUGGCAGUGUCUUUUUUUUUUUUUUUUUUUUUUAAUGUGCUUAAGAUACAGAUAGUACUCCUGUUUUAAGCUUUGGAGUCAGGUAGGUGGCCCUGAGUCCCAGCUACAUUUCCUAUGGUCGUAGGACCUGGGCAGGUGAAGCUCUGCCCACAAGCUUCCCAAUCUGGAAAAUGGUGGUAAUUGUAACGCUGAUGUUGAAGGAUUAAAUGGCUGCACGACUUCAAA